AUGACAUCCACAGCAGAACGUCACAACCCAAACGACACCAAUCAAUGCCUUCGGAGAGCACAUUCCAAUCCCAAGGGCACCAGACUGUUUUUGUACGACCUCAAUGGACCAUAUGAGGAUAGCUCAAGCAUUGAUGUCAAUGUAGAAGUAUCCGCAUCAGUUCUUCUUCAGUGUGUCGACAGUAACCCUCGAUUCACACUUCAACCGCGAAGAAGAACUAUUUGGGCUUAUGUGAGGUCACAAACUCCACGGCCUGCGGUGGGCGAUGUAAAGGCUCAACAAAUUGGUGGAAAGGCAGGUGUAAAACCGGGUAACAGCACUGCGACUAAGUCCUUUGCAGCUGACGAUGAGCGGCAGUGCGAACAAUCGGAUGUAAGUGCGGUGGUAAAGGAGAAUGCGACGCUGAGGACGCUAUCAAUGCUCAAUGACACUGUCUUUACGGAUGACACACCAUGCAAUGAGUCCUCCAUGACUAUCAGUAUUAAAGGACUGAUAGAUGAAGUAAACAGAGAUAAGGAGAUUUCAACUACAAAUCUCGAAUCUUUGGAAAGACCAAGCAUUAUUCCCUCUCAAAGAAAACCGUCCACAGAGGUUAAGCGAGAUUCACAGUUGACUGAGACCAUUAUUUCUAGCAAAACUGCAUGUCCAACACCUAAUUCUGUAGCCCGAUCGGCUCCGCCUAUGCUAUAUGCUCAAAACAGAGACCAAAGAGUCUUUCCUAAGGUUGGAUCUUCGACCUUAAAUAUGUCAAAUUCGAGUAUGGAGCAGCCAACGACGGCUAGAAAGAACUCCCACAAGACGCUCUGGCAACGGCUCUUUAAGCGAAAUUCUAAAAGUGCCUCAAAGGAUUCGGAAGAGUUGAGCAAAGUACACUCAAAAUCAAGAACUUUUAGAAGCACUAGUCCUUCGCUGGAGGUGGUAACCCAAAAAACCCUGACUAGCUACAAAACCCAAUCCAACAGCACUUGGAAUGCAAAACCGAAUGGACUAUCCACUCCUCCCGAGCCAUUUGAAAUUGCGCACACAGAAAUGCCACAUUUGGAAGAAGAAGUGGUGCACAUGGUAUCGAAGGGAAAUCAAACUGAUUUUCCCCCUAUUAAAGGCAAAUCUUCAAAAACUAAUAAGAAUCGCGCACCUCCUGAGUCAUCACAACUGUUCACACGACAUUCUUCAAGCAAAGAAGCUCCCAUGUCUUUUAUCAAUCCAAAAGAGGGCAACAAGCAGAACUCCAUUGAAGUAAGCACAUUGAACUCCGGAAAAUUGAAAAGAAAGACAUCCAAAGUGAUUUCGGUGGAGGUGAGCAAUUCAUCUAUGGCAAGUGCAGACAAUGAUCUCGUCUGCUUUGUUCAGGUAGCGAAGUCACUUUCCAUGGAAAAUACCCCACCAACAUCGUCUAAAGCGACACAAGAAGAGAAAGGGACCUGUAGCACACAGAAAACGAUCCUUACAACUGGUCAAGUAGAGGAAUGUGAGGGAACGAGGGAAGGUAGCUCUAAACGGGCUGAAUUUCGACGGGCCAAUUUGGAAAUAAGGGCCCCAUGCAUGAGCACAAUUACGCCUCCUACCAAUUGCGUUGACACAACUGAUGAAGACGAUCCCUUUGCAUCAGACCACUUCUCCAAUGUAUUUUCCGCAAAGGAUAGCCUUGAUUUGUGCACGUGGGUGGAAAAGCCAGCCCACUUUAGGAUCGCAGAGAAUAACCCGAUUUUAAGAAAGACGGAACCUGUCUCAGCAGCAGGAAGUAUUCCUCCCCUCCUCUUGGAUGAGACGGGAGGUCCUAAUAAACUUCACCCAAAAGACAGUCUUGACAUGUAUGUCCUCGAUGAUGUAGAUCCAGUCAAGAGGAAGCCCUUCAAGAAUGAAGUCAGGUUUUUGCUCAGGAGAAAGAAAAGCAAAUCAAUUCAGAAGGAGAAGAAAGUGCCAGCAAUAGAUGGUCAUCGAGUGUUUCCUCAACCGCAACAGCACUUACAUGGAAAGAUGGACUUUGUUGACGCAGUAGAAGAGUUGGAAGCUCAAUUUCAGCUGUUAAAACGGCAAAACUCAAAUAUUCUUGCAAAUAGGGCAGUUUUAGAAGGAAACAAAUUAAAUGAGGAAGAUGACAACGCUACCGAAAUCAAUUUUUACACCGAGAAUGACGAUUCACUCCUUUUGGAUCAAAGCCGACCUGCUUCAGAACCGCCUCUAGACCUUGCUCCGCAUUUGCACGGACAGCAGGACGUAGUAAAUGAGGAACUAACGAGUUUCCCUAAGGUGAGAGUUUUUGUAACAUCACCAGACAGCCUCACACAUACUCCAAUUGAGGAAUCUAGUGACAACUCUCCACCUGUUGAUCAAACGCCUCCGACCGAUGGACCUCCCCAGUUCGUGAUCCUUUCACCAUAUUGCACCGACGUUUCAAAUCAUCCCUCGGUCAUUGAAUCCAUUCCGACCAUUCCAGUGAAUGGGACAAAUCUAGGAUCUUUCUGUUGUGUGCUACCAAAUCAAUCAGAAAAGCAACAUCAAUCCUUUAAUUCCAACCCUAAUUUAGCAUUUUAUUCUUUGCAAUGUGGUUCGGUAAUGGCAGAAACUCACCCACAUUCUCCCAAUUUGCCUCAACAAAUUCUGCUCCUAAAUCCAAUAGAGGCGAGCUCAGGUUCUCCUGCACCAACGCAAAGCCCACCGGGUUGUAAUUAUUUAAACCCAGGAAUACAGUUCGAGUACCCGCAGUGCAGACAUAUCGACAGCUGUAGUUACACGGAUUCAGAUGAGUAUGCGCUAUCUAUGCAUCAUGGCAAAAUCCAAACCGGGUCUCCGAACUCACCACCAAAAGCAAUGGGAUGCACUCAAUGCGAUUUGACAACAAACAAUCAAAAAUGUUUAGAAAUUUCCCAUCAUCAUUUGGAUAAAGCAGAGGAACCUCAUCUCAUUCAUACGCACGCUUAUCCAUUUGAAAAUAGCAGGUCUCCUGGCGACAUAGCAGUGCGAACGAAUUAUCUCGAGCACAACUUUGGGACCACCAACUUGAGAUGUGAACAAACAUUACCCCCGUUUGCUUUGAAGGCAAAGAUGUCAUCAACAACAGCAUCAACAAAUGGUUCGGAAGCUGUCUUGAUGAAUGACAAUCAGAUGGAGAAUCCAGGUGAAUGCUCAAGACAGGCGUCAUCGUCGUCAGAAAAAGGCUCUUCCACAGAAAUUGAAGUAGUUGAUGUCGAUGAUGAGGCCAAUUUUGGCAGUCCUGAUCGCUAUGAGGUGGAUCAGACUGGAAUGGUGAUUGAAAAAAUUUCUCACUCUCUUGUGUCCUUCCUGAAGCUUCAUUCAACAACCAAACACCCUCACUAUGAGACCAGCACCGAGAAAAAGGUGCCUGAUCGAGAGAUGGUCAACUAUGCACCCAGCAUAACUCAAAACAUGCGAUGCAACGCACAAGCAGACUACGAAGUCUCGAUUUCAGUAGGUGGAAAUUCUCAAGCAGAUCUAAAAGUUCAUUUGGAGUCGAUGGCACUGCCUCAAGAAGACAAAAAAGGAGACCAUUCAAUUGCGACACCACCACCUAGUCAUGAUACCAAACGCAGUACCACUGGAGAAGUAGAACAGCCUCGUUCUGUAGAGGAGGAUACUCUAUGGAUUCGUUCAAGUAAAAGUAUAGCUGACAGCGAAGCUCAGAGUGAAACCCUAAAGAUGAACGUCAGUACAAUUAGUGAAGGCGAAUUCGACAAACCAGGGAUAGAUACCGGUGUUCCAAAGUCAAACCAGGUGCACCAUGACCCAGUGGACAAAAAUUCGGAUGGAAAGGAAGACAGUCCUGCACCAGACACAGAGGCGUUAGAAAUUCCACCCAACGUUGCAACCAAUAGGAACAGUUGUGAUAUUUUUAAUCGGGAUGGUUUGUUCCUAACCAUGGAUUCAAGACAACGCGAAUCGGGGGAGCAGUCCGACAUUUCCGAGUUCCAAAACGUCAUGGUAACGUUAAAGGACUCACCGUCAGCCCCCCCAUCGUCAACCUUUAAGGCACUCAAUGUUGAGGUGAAAGCAAAUCCUGCUUGGCUAUGCCAGGGCAUGUUUGUCAGGGCAGUAAAAAUAAGGAAUGGGAGCAGAUGCACUGAGGAGAGGUCACGAGCUGGCAAAAACAAAGGCGGUUCACCCGCUCAACUCAUUUAUCGUGGAGAGAUUAGGAACCAGUCGAUCCCCUCAAUUACGAUCAAUCAUUCAGAUCACGCAGACUUCAGAAAAGCCAAAGAUGGCCAAUUUAUUUUAGACCGUAGCGUGGAUGUACUUCAACCGCCAGGAAACAAACAAGAAGGAAGCGAUGCUAUUGACCGCCUAAGUUUCAUAAGGGCCGAGGAGCAAAGGGCUGAUAUCCACGGAACUACAACAAGGAUGAUGAGACAGGAUUCCAGUUUUAUACAAGGUGAAAUUGAUAACUCAUUCGGAACCUAUUUGGAAAGCACCUUACAGAAGACACCUGAAAGUAGUGGAAAGGGAGCUCACUCUAAGAAUGGUAGGAACAAUGAUGCGAAAUUAGACAAAGCCAGAAGACAGAAUUGCGUAAAAUCAAAGGACUUGCUCAAAGCCUUGGAAAUGAAGGAGGAUAUCGAAGAAAUACGUCCCAAACCACGUAGAGUAGUCAGUGUUCCUGCCUCCAACACUUUGGAUGGUGGUGGAAAAGGAAACGCGCCUCAAGCCAAUACGCAGGAAAUGCCGGCACUCAUAUUUGUGCCUGGAACUCGCCUGCCAACUGAAUUGAUGAAACUGUGCGAUAGCAAGGUUGAUCCUUCUAAUGGAUGGUGUAUUAUGCCUCUGCCUGUCUAUAGAACACAGCACGCGCUCUACGCUGCUUACGCGCAAAACUUCCCUGGUUUCAAAGUUUGA